AUGGCACGUCAAAUGUUGGUUCUUGCUCUCAUAUUCUUUGCUGUCUUCAUCAGCAUGGCCUCUGCGGCAUCCCAUGCUCCGGCGGCUUCUCCAAAUGCUGUGGAAAGCCCAAUUGAUAACAUCAUUGGCACCCUUGACGGAACUGUAGGAGGCGCUGCACCUGUUGGUGGACCAGCUCCUGAAGGUGCUUUCGCUAACCUUUCUCCAGAGUCACAAUCUAGUGGUGCCGCCACCAUUACCCCUCAGCUCUCCACCAUUGCUACUGCCGUUAUCUAUGUUGUUGUUGCCAGUUCUUUCCUCUUCUAA